GCAACAUUAACACCAUCCAAAUACAAAAAUACUGAAGGUUUCAUAGCAUUUUUCGAGUAAGGUCAUAAGAAUGUCAUCUCAUGUGCUCAAAAACCUCAUCGCCAUGCUUGAGGCUGAAGAAGCCGAAGCUGCAAAAUCGAACAACCACGGUACUGCUCACGCAUUUAACAACCAUGGCGGUGGGAACCAAAACUUCUCCGGUGCCAAAAUCAACAGCGGUUCAAAUGCCGGGGACCGAAAGAAAUAUCGCACCACCAACAAUCAUGGUAACCGUACCAUAAAUAACCGUGGAACUUUCCAUGGUAAUGGCAAUGGAGGGUAUACUGAGGGGAACUUUGACGCAUCCACAACGAACUAUAACAAAUAGUUAUAAAGUAUUUGUGAUGAUAAAAAUGGUAUAUGCAACUAAUAAUGAAGUUGAAGAUAUAUUUAUUUUCGAUGGUUUAUGGUUGUAUGUUGCUGUAUAGGAAAUUAAAAAUAAACGCACUAGUGUGCUAUGAUAAAUCUCCUUAUGUUUGAUUAUCUAUAAUUGCUUUUACAUAUUUUAAUAAACGUUAGUUAAUUAUCUA